GUUUGCUAAAUUUGAAGAUGUGAGAGAUCUUUUCAGUGGCCUGAAUUGUCUUUUACGUUGCUCGACUUAAACAUUGAAAAGAAAACAAGAUCGAUUUUCGAUAAUUGAGAAAGAGAAUACAAACUAAAACGCAGAUUUAAUUCACAGAAUAUAUUUGUCUCAUUUAUCGAAGUGGCUAAUCUAAAUAUCAGUGUUACUUGAAGUGUUGAGCACAUAAGUUCUAUUAUAUCAAAUUUUGAGCGUAAAUACGACGCGGAAUUCCGAACCCUUCAAAAUGGCGCUAAGAGUUGGUGCACGAUAUUUCGGGCUUUUGACCAAACCCCGUGAAAAACCUGCAUUUGUUAAUGAGAUCCAAAAGAAAAUGGACAGUAUGGACCUUGAGGCCAAACCUGGUGGGUUGUUGGCACCAAUCAGGAUUGAUAACCCUAGAAAACUGGCUGUGAAAAUGGUCGCAUUUAUGUGUCUGAGUUUCUUCCAGCCAUUUGUGAUAACAUACUUGCACAUACGGGGUGGAUGAUUCACAAUAUUGAAUAUUUGUGAUCUGUAGAUUAUGAAGUUAGAAUUAAAAGAUGUUUGAUCUUUGUGUGUUAUUUAGUCCAAAAUCUUUGUCCUUGUAAUAACCUUUUGGAUGACUACUUGUAGAAUACGUGUUGCAUAUUCACAACUUGUAUACCUGCAAAUGUUUAGAGUAAUGCUCUGUUAUUCAGUAAAGCGUUAUCCCAUG